UGGAAUAACUAAAUUUAAAUAGACAAAUUUAGAGGACAUUAAAAAAUAGGAAAAUAAAAAUAAAAAAGAUUCUGUUUCCUCAGUCGUUGUGGAUUCUGUUUUACUUCCGAGAGCUUACUCCUAAAUUCCAAAAUAAAAUUUCUAAUUUCCAUUUCUUUUAAUAGCGUGGUAGGUAAAGUGACAAUAUUUAUUUUUCUUUUAUAAAUACCAUGCUCUCACACAAGUUUUUCAAUCAAGUCCCUUCCCUCUCUCCCUCUCUCUCUCACACACACACAUAAAACAGAAACACACAAGCAGCGCCAGUAAUCACCAUCGCCACCCACUAUGCCAUCGGUCCCCGGGAAACUCGUCUGCGUCACCGGCGCCGGAGGCUUCAUUGCUUCGUGGCUAGUUAAACUCCUCCUCGAGAAAGGCUAUACAGUGAGAGGAACCGUCAGAAAUCCAGAUGAUCCAAAGAAUUCACAUUUGAGAGAGCUCGAAGGAGCGGAUGAGAGGCUGAUUCUGUGCAGAGCUGAUCUCAACGUUUAUGAGAGUUUGCGCGAGGCCAUUAAUGGUUGCGACGGCGUCUUCCACACGGCGUCGCCCGUCACCGAUGAUCCAGAACAAAUGGUGGAACCCGCGGUUAACGGCGCCAAGAAUGUGAUACGCGCGGCGGCGGAGGCGAAGGUCCGCCGUGUGGUGAUAACCUCCUCAAUUGGUGCAAUUUACAUGGAUCCCAACAGAGACCCUGAACAAGUCGUUGACGAGACUUGCUGGAGCGAUCUUGAGUUUUGCAAAAAUACAAAGAACUGGUACUGCUAUGGCAAAGCUGUGGCGGAACAAGCUGCGUGGGAUGAAGCUAGGGAAUUGGGGGUGGAUUUGGUGGUGCUCAACCCAGUUUUGGUGCUUGGCCCAUUGCUCCAACCAACUGUGAAUGCUAGUGUCCUUCACAUACUCAAAUAUUUGACUGGCUCAGCCAAGACUUACGCCAACUCCAUUCAAGCCUAUGUCCAUGUCAAGGAUGUGGCGUUGGCCCAUAUCCUCUUGUACGAGAACCCCGCCGCCACGGGGCGCUACCUCUGCGCCGAGAGCGUCCUCCACCGUGCUGAUGUAGUGGAGAUUCUUGCCAAGUUCUUCCCGGAGUAUCCCAUACCUACCAAGUGCUCUGAUGAAAAAAACCCAAGAAAGAAACCAUACAAAUUCUCAAACCAAAAGCUGAAGGAUUUGGGGCUUGAAUUCACACCAGUGAAGCAAAGUUUAUACGACACAGUUAAAAGUCUUCAAGAAAAAGGCCAUAUUCCAAUCCCAACUCAGACUGAGGAACCCAUUCGUAUUCAGUCUUAGCCUAUUAGGCCAAAAUCUAGAAUUAAGCCCACACCAGGUCAUAAUCUGGGCCCAAUUCUUGAAUAUAUGUGGUCUAUGUUGGCAAUUUAGAACAACUAUAUAAUGUCAUUUUUUAUUUUUCCUUUUAUGUUUCUUUGUAAAACAAAAAAAACAAGUUGAGAAAAUGCUGAUUAUUAAUGCAUAAUGACAUUAUGUCAACGUAUUCCAUCAA